AUGGCCGGGCAAUCAACGCUGCGGCAUACUGCCGCCGAGGAGCAGUUAGCCGCCUUUCUCGACAAAUGGACAGGUAAGAUCAAGACAAGGUUGCGCGGAACAACUCGCACAACUCGUUUACUCGCGACACUCGCCCUUGCGAUAUCAAUUAUCCUUGGUGGAGUCGGAGGGCGUCGAUGGUGGAAGAAUCGACGACAUGAGCGAGAACAAGGUCGCAAACUGGUGCGCACAAACUCAUGGCUUCACAACAAGGACGGGUCGCGAACCAUCUAUGUCCCAUAUAAAGAUGGAACCUCAAAAGUGGUCAUCAACACAACCAAGCCUCUCACAUUUGAUGCGCAUCGACGUUUGUUCCUGAACCCUCCACGCGUAUCUGGUUUACGGGAAGGCACAGUACCAGCAGCGCAAACGAAGCCUGGUCUCAAUAUCGCUUUCCUGCAUCAGUUUCUGAGCUUGAUGAGCAUUAUGAUCCCGCGAUGGUCCAGCAAAGAGGCCGGCUUACUGCUUAGUCACGGCGUGUUUCUGAUGCUAAGAACGUACCUCUCACUGGUUGUCGCUCGCCUAGAUGGUGAGAUUGUACGCGAUUUAGUCGCUGGAAACGGUAGGGCUUUCUUAUGGGGCAUCUUGAAGUGGUGCGGAAUCGGUGGUUUUGCCUCUUAUACAAACGCCAUGAUCAAGUUCCUUGAAUCUAAGGUCUCUAUCGCUUUCCGUACGCGACUGACACGAUAUAUCCAUGACCUCUACCUUAACGACAACCUUAACUAUUAUAAGCUUUCCAACCUGGAUGGAGGCGUUGGCCAAAGUGCUGAUCAGUUCAUCACGCAAGAUCUGACACUGUUCUGCGCAGCGGCAGCCAACAUCUACUCAUCGCUUGGCAAGCCUUUUGUUGACUUGUGUGUUUUCAACUAUCAGCUGUACAGAUCCUUGGGUCCUCUCGCUAUUACUGGUCUUAUGGGCAACUACUUCUUGACUGCCAGUAUUCUGCGACGACUUUCGCCACCCUUCGGCAAGCUAAAGGCAGUCGAAGGUCGCAAAGAGGGUGACUUCCGAAGCUUACAUGCCCGCCUAAUUGCCAACGCGGAGGAGGUCGCAUUCUACGGUGGCGCCGAGACUGAAAAAACGUUUUUGAACCGUGAGUUCAAGUCGUUAAAAUCUUGGAUGGAAGGCAUUUACAUGCUCAAGAUCCGCUAUAAUAUUCUGGAGGAUUUUAUUCUCAAAUACAGUUGGAGUGCUUACGGUUACUUACUGGCAUCACUCCCUGUCUUCCUUCCAGCGUGGGGUGGUGUUGGAGGCAGAGCUGAAAUGGUUGAGACUGCAGUACGAGGAGGACGAGAACGUAACCGCAUGAAGGAGUUCAUUACGAACAAGAGACUCAUGCUUUCGCUUGCAGACGCAGGUGGUCGCAUGAUGUACUCGAUCAAAGAUCUGUCAGAGUUGGCAGGAUAUACCAGCCGCGUGUAUACGCUUAUCUCAACAUUGCAUCGCGUACAUGCCGAUUCCUAUCAGGUUCGAGCUGGACAGAGCGAACUAUACUCUCUGUCUGAUGUUUCGGGAACCAUCCAGAAGGGAUUUGACGGGGUUCGUUUCGAGCAUGUGCCAGUUGUCGCUCCUGGCCUGUGGCCUCAGGGAGGUGAGGAGUUGCUCGAGUCAUUGUCUAUUAUUGUGCGAAGGGGCGAACAUCUACUUAUCUCUGGACCGAAUGGCGUGGGUAAAACCGCAAUUUCAAGAAUCCUUGCUGGCUUAUGGCCAGUAUACCGAGGAUUGGUCAGUCGUCCCAAGGAUAUUGGUCAAGACGGAAUAAUGUUCCUUCCUCAGCGACCAUACUUGAGCCCAGGAACCCUCCGUGACCAAGUCAUCUACCCCGAUGGUCACGUUGACAUGAAGGAGAAGCGCAAGUCCGAGGAUGACCUUAUGAAUGCUUUGGAGGCCGCGAAAUUAGGAUACCUGCCUGAUCGUGAAGGUGGAUGGGAUACUCGAAAAGAGUGGAAGGAUGUUCUCAGUGGGGGUGAGAAGCAGCGCAUGGGUUUCGCUCGCCUACUCUAUCACGAGCCUCAGUAUGCUAUUGUCGAUGAAGGCACUAGCGCUGUUUCGAGUGACGUCGAGGGUUUGCUGUACGAGACAUGCAAGGAGAGGGGCAUCACACUUAUCACUAUAUCAACUCGAGCAUCGCUCAAGAAGUACCACUCAUAUAACUUAGUCCUUGGUAUGGGUGACCGAGGAGAUGAAUGGGAAUUUGAGCGUAUCGGUACUGAGCGCGAGAAGAUGCAGGUAGAGAAGGAGCUACAGGAACUACGAGAGCGACUUGCACAAGUGGAAGAAUGGAAGAAGCGCCGAGACGAGAUUGAGACAGAAUUGUCGGCUGUCUGGACGGAUAAGGGUGAAGUUUUGGAAGCUCCGACGUAUGCGGAGAAGGCAGCAGAGGGGCAGGAGUAG